ACUCCAGUGCACAACAACCAUCCGAUCCACUCGCGCGAGCGAUCCGCUGCUGCUUCUUCGUCCCAUGGCGUCCAUCGCGCUGCUGCUGUCGGAGCUGCUGGGCGGGGACAGCGCCGGCGUGCUGGCCGCCGAGCGCUACAUCACGGGAGGCGGCCGUCUCAGCCCGAGGGACGAGCUCCUCCGCCCCGCCGUGACCGAGGCGUCAGCGGCAUCGCCGGCCACCAAGCAGAAAGAACAAGGGCCGGAGAAGAGAGAUGGCGAGCCGUUGGAGGACCUUGCGGCGUCCAGGAUAGAGGUCGACGUGAUGCUGGCCUCCGGGCUGGCCCUGGGACACGGGCACGGGACGCGCCGAUUGUUGUGUUAGUUGAUUCGUUGCUUGAUAGACCCGCACAGUAUUGUCCUGUAUACGUUGCGCUCGUUGCUUCCGGUUAAUAACAUGUGUAUAGAUAUAAAGGAUUGCUGGAAUGUUUUUCCGCGCACGCUGCUUUA